AUGCACUUCACGACCGCAACCGCCACCGUCUUCUUCGGACUCCUUGCAUCCGUCGCAGCUGGUCCUGUGACCUUGGACCAGCGAGCCGAGCUUCGUGCACCGACUGUACGCGACCUGACCAGAGCUCCCGGACUGGACAUUGCUGCGCUCGCCGAAGGUCUGCAGUGGAAGCGAGCGGGUGGAAACGAAACCGAAGGCGGCCAAGGUGGCAAUGGUGGUGGCAACUCUGGAGGUAGUGAUAGCGGAGACGAGUCGAGCGGCAGCGAUGACGGUGAAGACAGCAGCAACGGCGGCGACGAUUCAUCCAGCUCGGGCGGAUCUGGUGGCCAAAGUGGCAGCAACAGCAGUGGCAGCAGCAGCGGUGGCAGCAGCAGCGGUGGCAGCAGCAGCGGAGGCAAAGGCUCUGGCAGCAGUGGCAGCAGUAGCGGAGGCAAAGGCUCUGGCAGCAGCUCCGGUCACAAGGGCCACGGAGGCAAGGGUUCGAGUGGUUCGAGCGGCUCUAGCAGCUCGAGUGGGAGCUCCAAGGGUUCGGGCGGAAGCUCAAGCAGCUCAGGGAGCGAUAGCAGCAGCAGCGGAAGUAACUCCAACAGCAGCGGAAGCAGCAGCAGCAGCGAUUCUUCGAAUGACUCCGGCUCGAGCACCAGUUCCUCGUCUAGCAAGGGGAGCGGCCAGUCUAGCUCUAGUAGCGGUGGAGGCCAAUCUUCCUCAGGAAAGAGUGGAAAAGGCGGGAGCAGCUCCAGCUCGGGCAACGAUAGCAGCCAGUCAUCUUCUGGAAAUGAUGAUAACUCUUCCAGUAGCGACGGCAGCUCUUCCUCGAACAACAGCAACGGCUCAUCCUCUUCAGACGGCGAGACUUCUUCGGGCGGAAACAACAAUAGUAGCUCUUCUUCCGGCAGCGACAACAGCUCUUCUUCCGGCAGCGACAACAGCUCUUCUUCCGGCAGCGACAACAGCUCUUCUUCCGGCAGCGGAGGCAAAAGCUCUGGCAGCAGCUCCUCGUCUUCAGGCAAAGGAAAGGGUGGAUCUAGCUCGGGUAGCAGUGGAAGCCAGUCCAGCUCUGGAGAUGAUGACGAUGAGUCCUCGAGCAAUGGCAGCAGCGGCGACAGCAGUGACUCUGGGUCUAGCAGUAGCUCCAGUGACACAAACGAAGGUUCUUCUGAUGGCAGUAGCAGCGACAGUGCGGAGAAGCGUGCUUUCGAGAUUCGAGGCGCAGCCAGACGGGCUUAG